CCUGAACCUAACUAAUAGGACUAAGGAAUUAGAUGAAAGGAAAUAAAGAGUCUCAUACCAAGUCAUAAACCAAAUGAUCCUCAAACAACUUCAAUAGACUGAGUAAUUCAUUCUAGGAUGAGCUACGUGGUGGCUGGAGGUGGAUUGGGUGGCUUGGCCGUGGCCCAUUAUCUGGCCAAACUGCCGACAACCCGAAAAAUUCUGAUCUUAGAAGCCUCAUCCCGAAUGGGAGGUUGGGUUCAGACCUCAACUAUGAAUGAUGGCGUGUAUUUUGAGCAUGGGCCUCGAACUGUCAGACCCGUGGGUCCAGCCGGACAUAACACGUUGAAUUUGAUCCAAGAAUUGGGCUUGGAUCAGGAUGUCCUCCCAAUCUCACGGCCUCAUCCCAUUAUCACCAAACGUCUCAUUUAUGCAGAUGGAACGCUAUGUGAGCUCCCAUCGAACCUUACGAGUGCCUUGAGAACCCUCCCACCUUUCAAACGGCCCAUUGCCACUUGUUUGUGGAACGAUAUCCGGGCUCCUGCCAAGAUAUGCGAAGAUGAUACCUUGUUUGAAUUCGUGUCCCGAAGAUUGGGUGCUGAUAUCGCCCAAAAUCUGAUCGAUCCCAUGACCCGCGGGAUUUGUGCGGGCGAUGCCAGACAAAUCAGUGCAGCGGCUUUCGUGGCUGGUCCCCUUUUUCGAAUGGAACAAGAAUCCGGUGGAAUCGUAAAACAUCUGCUCAAGAAUUCCUUCUUCCAAGAGAAAAGUGUUUUGGAAGAGAGCGAAGAAUCAGAUCUGGUUCAGAGAGCUAAGAGUGAAAAGUGGGGGGUUUGGAGCCUAAAAGGUGGACUAGAGACUUUUACCCAAAAAUGGAGUCAAGUGCUUGAAAAGCAAGGCGUCGAGAUUCGGCGAGAUUCGAAGAUUUCGGAUCUUCGUUCAAACAAGAAAGGAGAAGAACUUCAAGUGAUCAUGGAAAAUGAUGAAGUUUUCGAAUGUGAUCACCUCUUCCUGACCAUUCCAGCUUUCGUUUCGUCCCGGCUUUUUGACAAAUUGGAUCCAAACUUGAGCAAUAUUCUCAAUAACAUCCCUUUUGUCGACGUGGGCGUGGUAAAUCUCGAGUUUGAAGGCCGUGUAACGGAUAUUGAAGCCUUUGGGUUUCUUGUGCCGUCCAAUCAACCAGUUCGCAUCUUAGGUACAACCUUCGACACUUGUGCCUUUCCCCAGGGAAACAAAACCAUUUUCACUGUCAUGAUGGGUGGGAAAUGGUUCCAAGAAUUAUUCGGAGAGAAUCCGAGUCCGGAUUCUCUCGGAGAAAUCGCGUUGAGCGAACUGAGGCACAUCAUGAACAUCCAAGAACAACCCAACCGGGUCAUGGUCAAGAUUCAUAGAAAGUGCAUUGCACAAUAUAUUGUGGGUCAUAAGCAACAAGUGCAAUUGGCUCGGGAACGUGUGAGAUCACAUGGCUAUCCCUUGAGUUUGGUCGGGAGCAGUUAUGAUGGAGCGGGCGUAAAUGAUGUGAUCAUGAGUGGCAAGCAACAAGUGCUCGCCGUGUUCGAGUAAGAUUUGAUGUCAACUUGACGAUCCCCAUUGUUUGGCCGUUUAAAAAAUUGUCAUGAUAUUUUUUUUUUAUGACUUUGCAAAAUCUGAUGACAGUGUGAGUCCUUUUGCAAAAUAAAGUAUUUAUAUUGUUUCUUA